CCACGGAAAUAUUUGCCUCCCCUCGACCAAAUAUGUGUGUGUGAAUGCGUGUAAUGAAAACUGUCAACUUUACAUCGCUAAUCAAAUGCUUGCCAAUAAAUGCAUCGCAUACAACCUUCAAUGUACAAUACACCGCAUACGCCACUCCCAUGUUUCCCCGCUACUUUACCUAAAACGAUAACACAAACACCAAACGGAAACGACAAACUUCGAAAAAUGGCAACAAUUUUCAAUUACUACCUGGUCACUAAUACCAUCGCAAACGCUGCGCUUGAUUAUGGCAUCACAACUUCCCCGCUUCACUCAACGCAUACAACUACAUAAUUUCAACUGCCAUCAGAAGGUAUGAUGCUACCCGGCAUGGGCAUGGUCAGUGUUGGCGGUGGCGGUAGUGGAGGCACUGCCGAGCAUAUGGCUCAAGGCAAACAUCCGCUUGGUGCUGGUCUUGCCGUACUACAACAACGAGCUGCCAUGAAUGCUGGAGGCCCUGGCAUGGGAAUAAUGGGGGGGCAUGGUGGUGGCUGCGGUAGCAGCGGUAGCAUGGGUCACGGUGGCGGUAUCGCUGGCGCAACAGGAAACGGUGGCAUCGAUAUGGUCGGCAUUGGCAUCGGCGCCGGUCAAGGAUUCAUGUUGGACGAUGGACGCCCACCACCACCGCCUCACUCGAGUCUGUUGCACAACAUGCCCGGUAAAUGGCUAGCAUGAACUGAAUGCAGGGCAUGGCAUGGCUGGCUGGCUCGCUGCUGGCUGGCAUGAGAAAUUGAAUGGGCAUGAA